ACGACACGGAACUGCAGCACUACAACUGAACAAGACACCGAAAAAUACCGACGUUGUUUAAACGCAAAGCAAUAAUCUAACCUUGUUCCAUUUACUGCAGCAGUGUCGCUCUGUAACAGUAAAUCCUUACUGAUCCCUGAACCCUAAUUUCGCUCCGGGGAACGCUAUUUUCUAUACGAUGGAGCAAUACUGGUCUGGAAGUGCCCUCAACGAGAACAAAGGAAUGGUAGAUAAUUUGCAGCGUUAUGGAAUUAUUACUUCCAGAAAGGUGGGUGAAGUAAUGGAAACCAUUGAUAGAGCUUUGUUUGUGCCUGGUGGACUUCAACCUUAUGUUGACAGUCCUAUGCCGAUUGGCUACAAUGCUACUAUAUCUGCACCACAUAUGCAUGCAACGUGCCUUCAGUUGCUGGAGAAGAAUUUGCAGCCUGGGAUGCGUGCUCUGGACGUUGGCUCUGGAACGGGAUACCUCACUGGAUGCUUUGCCUUGAUGGUAGGACCUCAAGGCCGUGCUGUUGGCGUGGAACAUAUUCCUGAAUUGGUUUCUUUUUCAAUUGAGAAUAUUAAAAAAAGUGCUGCAGCUCUACCACUGAAAGAUGGUUCCCUUUCUGUGCAUUGUUGUGAUGGGAGGCAAGGUUGGCCUGAUUUUGCUCCUUAUGAAGCCAUUCAUGUGGGAGCAGCGGCACCAGAAAUUCCUCAACCACUUAUUGAUCAGUUGAAGCCGGGUGGUAGAAUGGUUAUUCCUGUUGGAAACAUAUUUCAAGAUUUAAAGGUCGUGGAUAAGAACUCUGAUGGUUCUAUCAGUAUCCGGACUGAGACUUCUGUUCGGUAUGUGCCUCUCACUAGCAGAGAAGCUCAGUUGCGUGGUUAGUGAAAUGGAUGUCUGUACCACGUGCUGUAAGAAUUUGUAUAGUUGAAGCUGCUGUUCUUUUCUUGCCCUAAAACAAAUGAUUCAUGUUGAUCCUUCAGAACAGUAGUAAUAAUAAUUACACUAAACAUGCUCAUUCUUUGUCUGAAAUCGAAUCUAUUUUCUGGCUUUGAAUAAUAUAUAAAACAAUAAUUUCUAUGUAA